AUGGGAGCCGUUUUUGCUUUAUUUGUUGGAUUUUACUAUUGGGUGGGGAAAAUCUUUGGUCAGACAUAUCCUAAAACUUUAGGCCAAAUCCAUUUUUGGAUCACUUUUUUCGGCGUUAAUCUGACCUUCUUUCCCAUGCAUUUCUUAGGGAUUUCGGGUAUGCCACGUCGCAUGCCAGAUUAUACAAAUGCUUACGCCGCAUGGAAUGCUCUGAGCAGUUUUGGUUCUUAUAUAUCAGUAGUUGCGAUUCAUCGUUUCUUCGUAGUUGUCGCAAUCACUUCAAGUAGUGGCAAGAACCAAAAAUGUGUGGAAAGUCCUUGGGCUGUUGAACAGAAUCCGACCACACUAGAAUGGUUGGUUCAAAGCCCUCCGGCCUUUCAUACUUUUGGAGAACUUCCUGCGGUAAAAGAGACAAAAAGUUAA